CACACCUUACUCUUCAAUCUCUUAACACAACUCUCUCUUCAAUUCACAAUUUACAUCUCAAAACCAUUUUCCACUCUCUACAACACUUACAUAUGGUAUUCACUAGUAACAACAACUCUUCCUUUUCAUACUCAAUUUCAUCAAAAGAUUCUUCUUUCCACACAUCAUCACCGGACUCUGAGCUCCGAUUAGCGGCGAGUAGUCCCAAGAAACCGGCAGGGAGAAAGAUAUUCAAGGAAACUCGCCACCCGGUAUACCGGGGUGUGAGGAAGCGGAACUUAGAUAAAUGGGUUUGUGAAAUGAGAGAGCCAAACAAAAAGACUAGAAUUUGGCUAGGAACUUUUCCAACCGCCGAGAUGGCAGCCCGAGCACACGAUGUUGCGGCAAUGGCAUUGAGAGGUCGCUAUGCCUGUCUCAAUUUCGCCGACUCAGUGUGGCGGCUCCCUAUUCCUAUAACCUCUAAUACAAAAGAUAUUCAAAAGGCAGCUACCGAAGCCGCCGAGGCUUUUAGACCAGAAAAGAUUUUAAUGACAAACAACAUUGACACCGUUGUAGCUGUCAUUGCUGCAAAGGAGCUGAGUAUGUUUUGUGUGGAAGAGCAAGACGAUGAAGAACUGUUGAAUAUUCCAGAUUUUUUUAGGAAUAUAGCACUAAUGUCCCCUGCACAUAGUUUUGAGCAUAACUAUGAAGAUUUUGAAGACUUUCAAGAUGAUGAGGAUUUUAAAACAAUGUCUGUUACCAUUACCUGUGUUGUGACUGCAAAUGGAAUCCAUUCACCAGAUUUCACCGUGAUAACAAGGACUGUGGUCGUUGCCGUGACUGCGAACCAAGCUCUUUUAUGUCUGGUUUAUUGGUUUUCUUCUUGGCAAGGAAAGGUGCAAAAGAAUAAUGAAUGAUCAUUCUGAAUUACUACUUAAUCAGAAGCCAGUGAUCACCAACUGUAGCAGUGACCGAAGGCAGCAGCAGAGAAACAAAAUGCAGCUGCAGAACAAAAAAAAAAACAACUAAAUCAACUGCAAAUACAAAACUAAAAUUCGUCUAAAAAUACCGAAAGCAGGAUAACAAAAUGCCCCCCCCCCCCCCCCCCCCCCCCCCCCACACUAGAAGGAACCUGUUAUAUGUUCAAGAGAAAAAAUACUCAGCAGAAAAAACCAUACCAGAGCAGAAAGCAACACAGCCUGCUGACCGAAGCCGAACCAGAGCCAAAAAUUUAACUGCACACUAAUGCCAUACCUACAUGUAAACCACAAUUACAUCGACAGGCACAAAAUUGCUAUAAACCUUUCUAUUUUCCCCUGCAACUGACAUCAUUGCUACGAGCGAGCUAAAAUCUGGUGGGAUGACCAGCCCCGGCCAAUGGAAAAUCACAUACCAUAAGCCUCACCAGUAAAAUACUUUCAUUCAUCAAUAACUGCACUGGCUUUGAAUAUAAUGAACCUAGUGGCAAAUAUUAGCUUUACAUGAUAAAAUGCCCUACUUUGGACCCACAGAAGAAAAACUAGAAUACAAUGUUUUAGAUUACCACAUGCACUUGGCCUUAAAGUCAUUCUAUUCUGCAACUUGGCCUUAAAGUCAUCCCAUUCUUAUGCAGUAGAGUAUUCCAUCCAGUUUUGAAUAUAAAACAAAAUAAUUCUGAA